AAUACUUCUCCACAAGACUCCAGAGCGUGAAUGUAUGGCUACAAAAAGAUGUUCCACUUGAGCCCGUAACCAUUCAAUCUGUAUUAUAUGUUCACAACAUAAAUUUGUUGCCCAUAUGUAUGUCGUCAAAUUAAGGCUAGAAUAUUAAGGGCCUUACCAUCUUGCCUUGUAUCUUUUCUAUUGAUGGCCAGAAACACUCUUCAUCCUCCUCUCCAAGAGAGAGUCCCCCAGAACAACAACACACUUCACAGGCUAGUAGAAUGUGUGAUACUCUUCCUUCUCUUCUGCUUACUCCUUUGCCGCCUCGUCUUGCUGCCCCACGGCGGCACCGUUUGGCUCGUCGCGUCCCUCUGCGAGUCAUGGUUUACCUUUGUAUGGUUUUUGUUCAUGAAUGCGAAAUGGACCCCCGCGGUGUACAAAACGUAUCCCGACCGCCUUACGAAGAGAUUUGAUGAUCUUCCCGCGGUCGAUAUGUUCGUCACGACGGCUGACCCUAAGCUCGAACCGCCCAUAGUUACAGUAAACACAGUGCUCUCAAUGCUUGCCGUAGACUACCCGGCUGAGAAACUAGCUUGUUACGUCUCCGACGACGGAUGCUCGCCGAUAACUUUCUACUCGCUUGUCGAGGCUUCAAAAUUUGCAAAACUGUGGGUUCCCUUCUGCAAGAAGUACAAUGUAGAAGUCAGAGCACCUUUUGUGUACUUCUCUUCUGAGCCCAGAUAUAGCUCCGCAUCUGCCUCGGACUUCGCAAUUGAUUGGGCAAAAAUGAAGAAUGAGUAUGAGGAGCUAAGUAGCCGCAUAGAGAAUGCCGAGAAAAGUUACAUUCCCCAUCACAUGAAUGAUGAGUUUGCUGAGUUCUUGAACACUGGAAGGAAGAAUCAUCCUACCAUAAUUAAGGUUAUAUGGGAGAACAAAGGUGAUUUGGGAGAGAGUAUCCCACAUCUCAUCUAUGUGUCCAGAGAGAAGAGGCCAAAGCAUCCCCAUCACUUUAAAGCAGGGGCUAUGAAUGUCCUGACAAGGGUAUCAGGUGUGAUGACAAAUGCGCCCUUCAUGCUAAACGUGGAUUGCGACAUGUUCGUAAACAAUCCCAAAGUUAUUCUCCAUGGAAUGUGCCUUCUCCUUGGAUUUGAGAAAGAUGUUCAUAGCGCAUUUGUUCAAACCCCGCAACAAUUCUACGGUGCUCUCAAGGAUGAUCCUUUUGGAAACCAAUUGGUUGUCCUACAGAAGAAAGUUGGAGUCGGAAUGACAGGAAUCCAAGGCCCUUUUUAUGGAGGGACAGGAUGCUUUCAUCGGAGAAAGAUAAUUUACAGUUCUUCUCAGGAUGCCGGAGAGAAGAACAAGCACACUAGAAAUGAACUUGAGAGGCUAUACGGAAAUUCCACGGAAUUAAUUGAUUCAGCAACUCAGGUUACUUCAGGCACUAGCAAAGUAGUAGUAUUUGAUAUCUCGAGUCGCAUAGACGCAGCCAAAAAUGUUGCUUCUUGCACGUACGAGCUCAACACAAGCUGGGGUGAGGAGAUUGGGUGGGUCUACGGGUCGAUGACCGAGGACAUCCAAACGGGCUUACGGAUCCACUCGAUGGGCUUGAAAUCGAAAUACAUGGUACUGGAUCCGCCCGCAUUCUUGGGCAGUGCGCCGGUCGGGGGCCCAUCGAGCCUGACCCAAUACAAGAGGUGGGCCACGGGCCUUCUCGAGGUGCUAUUGGGUCGGCAGGGCCCAUUAGUGGCCUUGUUCAAGAAACGGCUCACGGUUCGACAGUGCCUAGCUUAUUUGCUCAUCAACGUGUGGGCGCUGCGCUCUCUCUUCGAGCUGUGCUAUGCUUUGAUCCCUGCUUACUGCCUCCUCGCAAACGCCUCUUUCGUGCCAAAGGUUUCGGAUCGCUUCUUCUUUCUCCCUUCAUCCAUCUUCAUACUGUACAACGCGUACACUCUCGCAGAGUACCUGGAAUGCGGUCUCUCCUUCCGCGCAUGGUGGAACAACCAGCGGAUGCUCCGGAUCACGUCGACCACCGCGUGGCUCUUCGGCCUCCUCAGCGUGAUCCUCAAAACCCUCGGCCUCUCCGAGAACGUCUUCGAGGUCACCCGCAAGGACCGGCAAGAUGACGCAGCCGCCGAGACCGACCCCAGUCGGUUCACGUUCGACGAGUCCCCCAUGUUCGUCCCCGGGGCGGCCCUCGUGCUCAUUCACUUGUCGGCGCUCGCCGUAGGGCUCGGGAGGCGAACCGCGGGGUUGGGGGAGCUUUUGGGUAGCUUGUGGGUGGUGCUUAGCUUCUGGCCCUUCGGGGGGUUUAGUAGGAAGGGAGAGUUACGGGAUCCCGUGGACUGUGUUGUGGAAAGCUACUAUACUCGUUUGCUUGUUCCUGCACUUUGCUUUACGUAGUUAAGUUUAGUUGUUCUUAUUGUUAUUCCAAAUGCAUGCAAACUAAUGUAUAUAUGUUGGAAUCGUUAAAGCAAGAUGGUGUAUAUGAAAUGAAGCUUGAAUUAUUAAGUAAUUGUGCUGUUUCAUCAGCGGGUCAAUAAUAUUGUCAAGUUUAAAU